CGCCUCUGGAGGUACGUACGGCCUCGCGCGCACACGGCGCGGUGUGACCAAGGACGCGGUGUUGCGCUCAGGACCCGUCUGCCACCUGCUGGGGUCAGAGAGAAAGAUGAGAGCCCACCAGGUGCUCGCCUUCCUCCUGCUCUCCGUGAUCGCCUCCGGGGCCUCUGAGAACGCCAGCACGUCCCGGGGCUGCGGACUGGACCUCCUCCCUCAGUACGUGUCCCUGUGCGACCUGGACACCAUCUGGGGCAUCGUGGUGGAGGCGGUGGCUGGGGCGGGCGCCCUGAUCACGCUGCUCCUGAUGCUCAUCCUGCUGGUGCGGCUGCCUUUCAUCAAGGACAAGGAGAAGAAGGACCCGGUGGGGCUCCACUUCCUCUUCCUCCUGGGGACCCUGGGCCUCUUCGGGCUGACGUUCGCCUUCAUCAUCCGGGAGGACGAGACUAUCUGCUCCGUGCGCAGGUUCCUCUGGGGCGUCCUCUUCGCGCUCUGCUUCUCGUGCCUGCUGAGCCAGGCGUGGCGCGUGCGCAGGCUGGUGCGUCGCGGGAAGAGCCCGUCGGGCUGGCAGCUGGUGGGCGUGGCGCUGUGUCUGAUGCUGGUGCAGGUGAUCAUCGCCAUCGAGUGGCUGGUGCUGACGGUGCUGCGGGACGCCAAGCCGGCCUGCGCCUACGAGCCCAUGGACUUCGUGAUGGCCCUCAUCUACGACAUGGUCCUGCUCGUGGCCACCCUGGGGCUGGCCCUGUUCACGCUGUGCGGCAAGUUCAAGAAGUGGAAGCACAAUGGGGCCUGCAUCCUGGUCACCGCCUUCCUGUCUGUGCUCAUCUGGGUGGCCUGGAUGACCAUGUACCUCUUCGGCAACGCCCAGCUGCGGCAGGGAGAGGCCUGGGGUGACCCCACCUUGGCCAUCACGCUGGUGGCCAGCGGCUGGGUCUUCGUCAUCUUCCACGCCAUCCCGGAGAUCCACUGCGCCAUCCUGCCCGCCCCGCAAGAAAACACUCCCAACUACUUUGACACGUCGCAGCCGCGGAUGCGGGAGACGGCUUUCGAGGAGGAUGUGCAGCUGCCGCGGACCUACAUGGAGAACAAGGCCUUCUCCAUGGAUGAGCACAACGCAGCCCUCCGCACCGCAGGAUUUCGUAACGGCAGCUUGGGGAACAGACCCAGCGCCCCGUUCAGAAGCAACGUGUAUCAGCCCACCGAGAUGGCAGUUGUGCUCAACGGGGGGACCAUCCCCACCGCUCCGCCAAGUUACACUGGACGACACCUCUGGUGAAAGACUUAAGUUCCAGAGAAUAAGAAUCUCUCUUACCGAUUUUAUUCCCUGGCUGUGUCUUUGUUGAGGGAGAAAUCAGUCACAGUAGCCGAACCAGGCCGCCUCACAACCAGGAGCUUUGGAAACCCUAGACAAGGGGAUUUCGUGUAAAUGUGAACACUGCUGAACUGAAAAGCUAACACCGACUGCCCUCCACACACACACGUAAUACCAAACCAACCUCGAUCCCCGCAAACUAAAGCAAAGCUAAUUGCAAAUAGUGUUAGGCUCACUGGAAAGCGUGGCUGGGAAGACUUUUCCGCCUCCUGGGGGUAGGACGGAACCACGCUCACGGCUGGUGGGCCUGGCUGGUGUUGGUAGACUCUGGCCGGCCCCACACCACCAUCACCCCACCCCGGCCGUCUCUUGGAGACGACUGUCUCACUGAGGAGCACUGGGGACCUUUCCACUACCUUGCUUGUUGGUUUGCACAUUUCAGGGGGGUCAGGAACACUUCAGGAGGUUGUGGGUGUUGAUUCCCAGGUGGAGUCUAACCGAGUCACGGGGUAAGCUUCCAAGCAGUGGUGGUGGGGCCCUGGCAUGUGCCAAAGAAGGGCAGGCUCUCUGGGAGGUGUAGGAACCAGGGCAAUGAGAAGGUGGUGACCAGCCACCAUCCCUUCUAUGGGGCUUUGCUCCCGCAUCUAUGGCAGGAAAGCCAGCACCUCUCUGGCUGAGCGAGCCCGCAGCCUGCCCCUGCCCCUUCAUCGUCUCCUCUCCCUGCACUGACCAGUGCUUCUCUAAGCCCCUGCCCAAGUGACGGAAGCCUGAAGCCCUCCUGGGUGGGCGGCCGGAGGCAGGCGCCGGGGCAGGCCUCCUGUGAUGGUCUCUAGAUGGGUCACCGGGUGGGUGCCCUGAGAGUGGAGAGAUGUCACCCACAGCCUGGCCCGGCUGAUAGGGCUUGGAUGGUUGGAUAGCGACAGUUCCAGAGUGGGGUGGAGCCUACAAAGGGUUGUUGCUUUGGGGAGUGUGAUCUGGGGAGCACUUCUGUCUUGGUUUACUGCAAGUUCCAUGAGUAAGUUCCUCCUCAAAGCCCAUCGCUCCUGUCACAGUUUCCAUCUGUCCUCAGCAAAUCAUCCCUCUGUUAUCUGACAUCGCGAACAUCUCGGCCAUCAAAGCCCAUGUCCUCCUCUGCACUGUUUGGCCAGCAUAACUGCUAAUACCGAUCCAAGCAAGGAGUUCUAACCUGACGGCAUGGAAUGUCUAAGUGAGGGCGCGACCUUUAGCGUCUAUUCUAAUGACUAUAUUGCUUUUUUUUUUUUUUUCUAUAAAACAACCCAUAAGCCUUUAACCUUUUAAAGCAAAUGAAAAAGGUUAGUGUUUGGGGGAGGGGGAACUGACCUCUUCAUAAGCCAAUAUGUCAGAGCUGAGUAUGUCUUAAUAAACCUUCUGAUUUUU